CAGUCCUGAUCACGCCCAGCUCAGCUACCACCAUGUCUCUGACCAAGGCGGAGAGGACCAUCAUCCUGUCCAUGUGGGACAAGAUCUCCUCUCAGGCAGAUGCCAUUGGCACCCAGGCCCUGGAGAGGCUCUUCACCAGCUACCCGCAGACCAAGACCUACUUCCCGCACUUCGACCUGCACCCGGGCUCCCCGCACCUGCACAUGCACGGCGCCAAAGUGGUGGCCGCCCUGGGCGACGCGGUCAAGAGCAUCGACAACAUCGCGGGCGCCCUGGCCAAGCUGAGCGAGCUGCAUGCCUACAUUCUGCGCGUGGACCCGGUCAACUUCAAGCUCCUGUCCCACUGUCUGCUGGUCACCGUGGCCUCGCACUUCCCCGCCGACUUCACGGCCGACGCCCACACCGCCUGGGACAAGUUCCUGUCCAUCGUGUCCUCCGUCCUGACCGAAAAGUACCGCUGAGCGCACCCGCCGGACGAGGGCGGCUGCGGCCCCUCCUGCCCCUGAACCUUCUUCCAUAUUUCCUCCCGAGAUUCUCCAAUAAAUGGAUGAGGGCGGAGUGGCUCCUGCGUUCUCAGUAUUGGCGGGAAAGAGGGGAGUGAAAGAAACCGGGAGCCGCAGGAAUGCGGCCGACCCAGUGUCACCACCGACUUGAAGGCCGCCCCAAGCGUGCUCUGGGUCGAUCCUUGCGCCUACGGACCCCAGAGUCGGGAAGGGGCAGAGCAGCCCCAGGCUGGCCCCUGCGCUUCUCUCAGGUCAGAGGCGUUUGCCCCUCUCCUGUUUCCCAAAUCGCCCAAAGAUUGUUGCUUUACUGAGCGUGUUGGGUGCCUGAUGUCAGAGGUCCCGCGCUGCGGCGACCCAUGACUCGAUCGCUGCUCCCCUCCCCGCCCAGCGCUCUCUCUCCCAAUCCCUCCACCGGCUCCCUCCCGAGAGGCUCUAACUUUGCCCGCGCGGGAGUGAUUCCAGAUCCAGCCAAAGUCUGCAGCAAACGCACGCCCGCACAGCCGCGUG